GGUUAUAUUAAACAUCAAAAUAGGCAACACAAUAUACACAAAUUAAGUAAUGGAUUUAAAAAAAAAUGGCAGGUAUUUUUAGGUUAUACCACACGUCAAAAUAGGCAACCCAACAUACUCGAAUUGACAAAUGGAUCAAAAAAUGACAGGUUCAAAAUAGGCAACCCAACUUACUCAAAUUGACAAAUGGAUUAAACAAAGCCAGAUCCGCGCUGAUCUCCUCGACGAGAACGAUAAAAAAAUUGUGAUCUGUCAAAAGAAGAUUAUUAAAAACGCGGUGUGAUUGUUGUUGUCGUCCUCGGUGGGGACCUGGUGGUGCCGGGCGAGGUGAAAGAAAUGGCCGAAGAGGAACCCCACGAUCACCGGCGGCACGCCUUCAGACAAUUGAGGGAACGCAAACAAAAAAAGCUUUAUUCGGAAGAUUGGGCGUUAAACGACGACGACAUCGAAGGAAGACGAACAUUUUCGAUUCAACAAAAACUCGAAGAUCCCACUUUUGCCUCGCAUUGUAUGGUUAAAGAGAUGCACGGAUCGGAAUUAACCGUCUCUUAUUUCCAACGGAACGGUUUUAACACGCCUUUAUUGUUUAAAGAAAAAUCGGGGUUGGGGCUCCGCGUCCCCACGAAUAACUUCACGAUAAACGACGUUCGAAUGUGCGUUGGUUCGAGACGUAUCCUCGACGUUAUGGACGUUAAUACACAAAAAAAUAGUGAAAUGACCAUGAAGGAGUGGCAAAAAUAUUACGAAGAUCAAAAUAAAGAUCGAUUAUUAAACGUGAUUUCGUUGGAAUUUUCACACACUAAGUUAGAAAAUUACGUUCAAAGCCCCACAAUCGUUCGAUUAUUAGAUUGGGUGGAUUGCGUUUGGCCGAGACAUCUAAAAGAGAGCCAAACCGAAGCGACCAACGUUUUGGAUGAUAUGAAAUACCCCAAAGUUCAAAAAUAUUGUUUGAUGAGUGUUAAAGGGUGCUACACUGAUUUUCACGUCGAUUUUGGGGGGACUUCGGUGUGGUAUCACAUUUUAAAAGGGUGUAAAGUGUUUUGGUUAAUCCCCCCGACGAAACAUAACCUAGAUUUGUACGAACGGUGGGUUUUAUCUGGUAAACAAUCGGAUAUUUUCUUUGGGGAUUCCGUCGAAAAGUGUGCAAGAAUUACUUUGUUGGAGGGAAAUACGUUUUUUAUCCCAACUGGGUGGAUUCACGCCGUUUAUACUCCGUGCGAUUCGUUAGUUUUUGGCGGGAAUUUUUUGCAUUCCUUCGGAAUUGAUAAACAAUUAAAAAUAGCGCAAGUUGAGGACACGACGAAGGUCCCCCAAAAAUUUCGUUACCCCUUUUUCACCGAAAUGUUAUGGUACGUACUCGAACGUUACGUUUUUUGCUUACUCGGACGAUCACAUCUAACCUCAACCAACGAAUUUUCGCCAACAGAAAAGCAACAACACGUUCAUUUAACCCAUUCUGAAUUACAUGGGUUAAAAGAAAUCGUUUUAUUUCUCCACAUGUUACCGGCGAAUAAAAAAAAUGUACCAGAAUUAAUCAAAGAUCCGGUUGCUUUGAUUCAAGACGUUCGAACGUUAAUCGGACAACAUCGACAAGAUGUGAGGGAAUUGGCGAUUACGGGUAGGCCGAUUUUGAAUCUUCCUGAUGAGACUAACAUGGAAAGUAAAAGUAAAUUGGGGUAUAUUCAAAGGGGGGCUUUUAAAAGCGGGUUUAAGGAUGGUUUUAAAGGACCAAAGGUGACCGGAAGUGGGGUUAAGUCGCAAAAAGGGAGUCCUAAUGGUGGUGGAGGAGUUGCUGGUGAUAAAGGGGGACCAAGGAGGCGAAGAACUCGGUGUAAAAAAUGCGAGGCGUGCCAACGAAGCGAUUGCGGCGAGUGCAGUUUUUGCUUGGACAUGGUUAAAUUCGGCGGUCCGGGCCGGGCGAAACAAACCUGCAACAUGAGGCAGUGUUUGCAGCCGAUGCUUCCGGUUACGGCGGCUUGUACGCAUUGCGGAUUGGACGGAUGGGGCCAAACCCCCGUUGUUCCCCUACAAAAGGGGCCCCAACGAUGCGAAAGUGCGAGUACUUUAAUGGAAUGUUCCGUAAGUGAUUAUAUAACCUCAUUUUUUUAUCUGUCAAAUGUCAUUUGUUAUAUGUCUAAUUUAAUUUUUAUCUGUCAAAUGUUAUUUCUUAUCUGUCAGAUGUCAUUUCUUAUCUGUCAAAUGUCAUUUUUUAUAUCACAAAUUUAAUUCUAAUCUGUCAAAUGUCAUUUUUUAUAUGACAAAUUUAACCCUUCCUCUGUAAACCUGGAUAUUUUCUGUCCGACUGUUUUGGUAAAUAAUUGCCUCAUUUC